CGUUUCCGUGCAGCGUCAUUCUGACGCUACGCUCCGGGUGCCAUGCCUUCUUAACCUAUGCCUGCGCCUUUCACUGUUUCACAGCUUAUAUCUGGCUCCAACUUUGAAGCAAAAUUCCCUCUCUCUCUCUCUCUCUCUCACGGAUUUGGAGUUUCUGGAGGCCUCUCUCUCUCUCUCUCUCUCUCUCUCUCAAACCUACUAGUAGUUGUAGUUUCUGAGGUUCCAAUGUCUGCUUUCGGAACCCCUACGGCCCCGAACCCUAAUCCGAAUAAAUCCUUUGAGGUGGCUCAACCUCCCAGCGAUUCAGUUUCAAGCCUUAGUUUUAGUCCCAAGGCCAAUUACCUGGUUGCUACUUCGUGGGAUAACCAGGUAAGAUGUUGGGAGAUAAUGCAUAGUGGGGCUGUUGUAGGCAGUACACCCAAGGCUUCAAUAUCUCAUGACCAACCGGUGUUGUGCUCGACUUGGAAAGAUGACGGAACAACUGUAUUUUCUGGAGGUUGUGAUAAGCAAGCUAAAAUGUGGCCUUUGUCUGGUGGGCAGCCAAUGACUGUGGCCAUGCAUGAUGCACCUAUCAAAGAGAUUGCGUGGAUCCCAGAGAUGAACCUCUUAGUUACAGGAAGUUGGGACAAGACCCUCAAGUAUUGGGAUACUAGACAGUCAAAUCCAGUGCAUACUCAACAACUCCCUGAUCGUUGUUAUGCGCUGACAGUGAGGCAUCCUUUGAUGGUUGUUGGCACUGCAGAUCGAAAUCUGAUAGUCUUCAACUUGCAGAACCCCCAGACCGAGUUCAAGAGAAUCACUUCACCUUUAAAGUAUCAGACAAGAUGCGUCACUGCCUUCCCUGAUCAGCAAGGUUUCUUGGUUGGCUCAAUAGAGGGAAGGGUUGGUGUGCACCACCUUGACGAUUCACAGCAAAGUAAAAACUUCACUUUUAAAUGCCACCGGGAUGGCAAUGAGAUAUACUCUGUCAACUCUCUAAAUUUCCACCCUGUGCAUCACACUUUUGCAACUGCGGGGUCUGAUGGUGCUUUUAACUUCUGGGACAAAGACAGCAAGCAGAGACUCAAGGCCAUGGCUAGGUGCAGUCAACCAAUACCAUGCAGUACAUUCAACAACGAUGGUUCACUCUUCGCCUACUCGUCAUGCUACGACUGGAGUAAGGGUGCCGAGAAUCACAAUCCAGCAACUGCAAAGUCCCACAUUUUCCUGCAUCUGCCACAGGAGUCUGAGGUUAAAAGCAAGCCACGCAAUACAACUGGUAGAAAGUGAAGGUGCUCAUUUACUUGAAUCACUACAGCUGAUUGGAGAUUUGAUCGUCUGAUCUCUUUUUGCUCCUCCCUCCCCUUCCUCAAUUACUGCUGUAUGCAGGCAGCUUACUGUCGUAGGUUAUAAUGAGGUUCACCAGGUGGUGGUUUUCUGUAUCCUGAGAGGGCAUUUAGUUUUUUUAGUUUUGCGUUUUCUGUGUGUUGUAGGUUAGAACUUUGUUCCUCAGCUGUUGAUUCUCUAUCAUGAAAGGGUAUGUAUGAUGCUUUAUGCCUUGUUUUGCAUUACCUAUUUUACAAGAUUCCGGGGUGUUUGGUUCUGGUCGUGUGGGAAGGAUACUUGGAAGGAUAUUUUAUCGAUUGUCCUUCUUAGAGUGGUAGUUUGUCGUCCAAGAUCCGUGUGAGAUCACUUUUAGAUGGUUCAGAUGUAUGGUUACCUGAGCCUAACCUGAUUACUUUCUUCA